AAGUUAAUUAACAAGCUAAUUUAGUUCAAGGUUAAACCUUUCCUUGAGAGUAUAAAAAAAAAAUUAAGAACAUGGGUGUCACUGUCAAUGCUGAGAUUGAGUUUCCAGCCAUUGAGUUCCGUUCAUCAGAUUUGAAGCGAGGAACCGAUGGAUGGCGCCAUUUGUGCAAAAAGGUUCAAGAGGCUUGUGAGAAAUUCGGUUGUUUUGAGGUGGUGUAUGAUACGAUAUCGACGAAAGUCCGAGAAGAGACUUUUGGGUUGAUGAAAGAAUUGGUUGAGGUCCCGGUGGAACGGAAACAAAAGAACACUAGUCCCAUGCCUUACCAUGGCUGGGUUGGACCAUGCGAGCAAGUUUCUUUGUUGUAUGAAGGCUUCGGAAUUGGAAAUGCCUCCAACUAUGAUUGUGUUAAAAGUUUUACUCAACUUAUGUGGCCUGAAGGUCACCCACACUUUUGCGACACUAUAUAUACCAUGGGAACACAAAUGGAGGAGCUAAACAAGUUAAUCUGGUUAAUGCUAAUUGAUAGCUAUGGAUUAGGAGAUGACUCACUGAAGUUGAACUACACAACAUUAGUGCGGAUGAUGAAAUACAUGGCUCCUCCACCAGGGGAGUAUGAGAGAGGACUUUUUGCUCAUACUGAUAAACCAGUCAGUACACUUAUUUGUGAGGAUCAAGUUUCAGGAUUGGAAAUUGAGGUCAACGACGGCCAAUGGAUCAAGUUGACCAAUCUAUCUCCUUCUUCUUUUGUUUUUGUAGUUGGAGAUCCUCUCAAGGCAUGGAGUAAUGGGAGGUUGAAAUCAGUAAAUCACAGAGUGAUGAUGAGCGGAGACAAAGAUCGAUACUCUAUAGCAGCCUUUGUCAUUCCAAAUGAGGGUACUAUAAUCAGGACACCCGAAGAGCUUAUAGAUGACCAACAUCCUCGGCUUUUCAAGGACUUCGAUUUCAUGGAUUUCUUCCUUUUUGCCUUUUCCGACCCAGCAAAGCACAUCGACAACGGGGAGUUGCUCCAUGUCUUUGCUGGCCUCUCACCACCAGUUUCCAAUUAAAAUCAUGCCCAUAUCGACAAGUAAAAUCCAGUAAAAUCAAUGUUACAAAUAAUAAACUGAGUUCUAUACUCGAGAUUUGCGUUCUUGUAUUGUACUACUAUGUUAUGGUUAGUAAUAAUUUUAUAAUUGUAUUGUACCAAAGGUUACUAAAUAUUGUACAAUUGAGUCUAUUUAUAUGUACUUUUCGAUUAAUUAAUUAUAUAGAAAUUAUAAUAA